AUGCCAGCAACAACUGCAGAAACACUGUCUUUAGUGAGCAGACAGGUUUCUGUCGCCCCCUUAGUGCUUCUUUCAGCCGCUGAUCACUAUGGUCGAUCAGCCAAAGGGACUAGGAAACGUGUGGUGGGAGUUCUCUUGGGCCAAAAUGACGGAAAGAAUGUCCGAGUAUCGAACAGUUUCGCAGUGCCUUUCGAAGAAGACGAAAAAGACCCCUCGGUGUGGUUUCUCGAUCACAACUAUGUCGAAUCUAUGAGAGAAAUGUUCAAGAAGGUCAAUGCCCGUGAGAAACUGAUAGGCUGGUACCAUUCUGGUCCGAAGCUACGAGCAUCAGACUUGGAAAUCAAUGAGCUCUUCAAAAGAUACACUCCUAAUCCCCUCCUCGUCAUCAUCGAUGUCCAACCAAAAGAGGUUGGUGUUCCAACAGACGCAUAUUUCGCGAUUGAGGAGAUCAAGGAUGACGGCACAACAACGACCAAAACUUUCGUCCAUACCCCGUCCAUCAUCGAAGCCGAAGAAGCCGAAGAGAUCGGAGUCGAACACCUUCUCAGAGACAUCCGGGAUGUGGCGGUUGGCACUCUUUCCUCCAGAAUCACUCAGCAGCUACAGUCCCUCCAAGGUCUCCAUUUACGAUUGAAGGACAUCGGCACAUACCUGCAAAAGGUACUCGAUGGCGAAUUGCCCGUCAACCAUGCCAUCCUUGGCAACCUUCAAGACAUCUUCAAUCUCCUUCCCAACCUGACCACCCCUCCGGCUUCGAGGCCCAACGGCGCGAACCAGGUCGAAAACAGCGAAUUGGCUCGUGCAAUGACCGUCAAAGUGAAUGACCAGCUCAUGACGAUCUACCUAAGCUCCCUCGUCCGCGCCAUCACAGCGUUCCAUGAUCUGAUCGACAACAAAAACCAGAACAGACAACAACAGGAGGAAAAGGAGGCAAAGAAGGGCGAGGCUGAAAAGAAGGAGGGCGACAAGGAAAAGGAUGACAAUAAGCCCACUCCCAAUGGCGCGAUCAACGGCGAGAAGAAGGGCACCGAAGAUGGCGGGAAGGGAAAAGGCAAGAAGAAAAGCUAG